AUGUCUAUCUCCGAAGAAGUUCCCUCGACUCCCCCCAACAUUUGUGACCCUUCUCCCACGGUAUCACAGUCUGCCCACAGGGAAUCCAGCCGAAUCCGAACCCCUGUUGUAAAGCCUGGCUAUGUCCGUACCAAUGGUGAUUCCCGUCGCGCUCUUGUUGCCCAUGUCCCACCCAACCAAACCCAAAUAUCAGCUCAGCGUGACAAUCGUAUCGAAGUUGAAAGCGACCCAGAAGUGGAAAAUGCACCCGAGAGCAACAGGAGCAGUGAUGAGUUAGUGCGGAAGAAAUCAAAAGCAAUAAAUCAUAUCACUCAAUCCUCCGCGCGCACCGGCCAAGAGGUCAUCAUUGACAUUGCGCAGGACUCGGACGAUGAAAAUCUGAAAGUCAAGUCCAAGAAAAAAUCAAAAGACGGGUUUGAUCAUCCAAGAAGCUAUUUUUACUCACCGGGGACUGGUCCGAAACAGCGGGUAACCGUAUUGGAGUUCCUGUUCAACUUGGACAUCCUAUCAGAAGGAAGCUAUCCGGUCUGCUGGCUCUCAGUUUACAUUUGCGUAGUCACUGCACACCCGGACUUGAAGACAGUCAAUCAUCUCCGAUUCGCGACACUGGUUCUGGCUCCGCGCACCUUAAAUCCUUUGCUAUUUAAGUACACCGUUGCCAAGCCACAACACCCUUGCAUUGUCCUUACGUCGCCAAAGCCAUCCCUUCUUUGCCGUGCCCCAUUCAACAUCUCCAAAGCCCUUCUGCCCUCCAUCACUCCUGGUUCUACUUAUGAGUUUGAAUCCACAUUAGCAUUCAUCGACUCUAAUACCAAUGACAAUGUUAACAUGAAAAUAAACCUCCAACUCCAAGGCUAUGGCUCAGUUGCCACCUCCCUCAUUCAAGAUAAAAUAUAUUUCCUUUCAGGAAGAUUAAUAGCGCUCAAAGCAAAAAUUCCUCCUGUGUUUUACUUUGAACAGGACUUGACGUUCCCGAUUGCCGACUCCAAAGAGGAGAAAGAUGACUCUUCAGCUACAUCACAAUUCAAUAACCUGCUGGUUAAGAUUCAUCACACGGACUACAAUGUCCAAACCCAGAAUUCUGUCAGAUUUACUGUACAAUAUAAAGUCGCUGGAAACCGCAACCUCGGAAAAAAAUUUGGUCUGUUCCAAGUUGGGCGUGAAGUCCUCAUUUCUGGUUAUAUCGCCGGGUACAGUGUCGAAGAACGCAUGUUACAAGUCAAUGCGUUAUCUAUGUCCAUUUCCACCGGGACUGUCGCCUCUUCUGGUAUUAACACCGCCAACACUGCGACAUUGCCACGCAAGAGUCGUUGGCCCGUGCAGAUUUAUUUCGAGAGCGACACAGAGCCUGACCCGCCUCUCAAGUCACCACCCCCCAAAGCAAUCCUCAAAAAUCAACAAGAUAAAUCCUCAGAAGAUUGGGUACCACGGAACUCACCGCUUCCUGCCAACUCCAAUCUCCUGGAGACACCCCGCAAGAAGCGCAAAUAUACAAAACGCGCCCAACAUGCAACCCAAGACAAAGAAUCCAAUGUGUUAGAAGACAUGGUUGUAGAGCAUUAG